AUGUCUUCGGCUGCCUUGCAAUCUGCUCCCCAGACAGUUGCCUCGCUCAAUGCACCAUCUUUAGGUGCCUCGUCGCCCUCCGCACGACAUUACACGUCGUCUCAUUCGUCGCCGGCCCCCGAAGGCUAUCAUGCUAAUCAGCCAAACGCCACUUCUUCCUCAUCCUCGCGUCGACCCGCCCACAGGGACGACAACCCAAACAACACCUAUCCUUCCUCAGCUGCAGAUUCCCCGAUGAGCUCGCGCGCAGCUGUCUCGUCCCCGGUCGCCGUCCCGGGCCCGCCUGGCGAGUACCAGAGCUCGUCUCGCAGACAUGCACCGCCGGUCGCACCCCCACGGACCUCGUCGAACAGGCACGAGCAGAGUGCUUCGCGCCGCACAAGGGAGGCGGCCGAUAGGGGAACGGACUCUCCCCGGCGCACCCGGGAUGCGAAUGGAAAUGGGUAUACAUAUGCCGCGCCUGACGAGGCCGCCUCUCAGAGCUCUAGACGACGGACACAGCCGGCGCAGCAAGAGCAGUCACAACGCUCCGGGAGCAGCCGGGACGCCAGGACUCAGGGCGCGACCAUGACCAUGCCUAUCAGGUCACAAGGAAAUACCGCCGAUGCAUCCACAGCGAGGGUUCCCUCACGGGAGACGAGCGAGAUUCUAAACAGCAUGCUUGUUACAUCGCCUGAAGUCGAUAUCGAACGGGAGAGGGAGCGGAUGGCCAUGGCUCAACCGGCCCACCCGGUAACGUCACCCGAUGACGAUGACGCUAUACCACCUCCCAUAGCCAGCGCCGCGGACCCGGGAGAGGAUGCUCGACGUGGAGGACGUAGUCGGCACGACCAUUCAAAGCGGGAGAAGCAGACCAAGUUUGGCGAGUACAUCCUCGGCAACACGAUCGGUGAAGGCGAGUUUGGCAAGGUCAAGCUCGGCUGGAAACAAGAAGGUGGAGUUCAGGUCGCCAUCAAACUCAUUAAGAAAGACAGUCUUGGUAGCAACCCUUCGCGCAUGGCCAAGAUCAUGCGUGAGGUCGCCAUCCUUAAGCAGCUACGGCAUCCCAACAUUGUCCAACUACAUAAGAUGGAGGAGUCCGAGAGACAUUAUGGUAUCGUGUUGGAGUAUGCCUCAGGCGGAGAGCUGUUCGACUACAUCCUGAACCACCGGUAUCUUAAGGACAAUGCCGCGAGGAGGUUAUUCGCCCAGCUCGUGUCUGGAGUGGGCUACCUACAUAAGAAGGGUAUCGUGCACCGAGAUCUGAAGCUGGAGAACCUGCUGCUCGACCGAAACCGGAACAUCAUCAUUACCGACUUUGGCUUUGCCAAUACUUUUGACCCUCAUGAGGAGCUAUCAGAGGAGGAAGAGAUGAACCUCUCCGACCGCGACUUUGUGAAGCGGGUGGGCUUGGACAAGCUCAAGUCCAAUGGUUCGAGGAAAGGAGACCUCAUGCAGACGAGCUGUGGAAGUCCCUGCUACGCCGCGCCCGAGUUGGUGGUUAGUGACUCGCUUUACACGGGCCGCAAGGUCGAUGUAUGGAGCUGUGGUGUUAUUCUGUAUGCAAUGCUUGCGGGCUACCUCCCGUUCGAUGAUGACCCGGCCAACCCUGAAGGCGACAACAUCAACCUUCUUUACAAGUACAUCGUCAACACGCCUCUCACUUUCCCUGAAUACGUCACACCUCAUGCUCGGGAUCUCCUACGGAGGAUAUUGGUCCCCAACCCGCGAAAACGCGCCGACCUCUUUGAGGUGGCACGCCACAGCUGGCUGAGUGAAUAUGCUCAUGUCGUCGAGUUCAUCACCAGCAGCACCACCACGCCCGGUGAGAUCCAAAACACCACGGUUCCAGCCGAAGAUGAGCCGUCGCUCGGCCGUAGCGCGUCCGUGCGAGAGGCUUCUAAGAGGGCCGCUGCCUCUACCGCACUUGGCGGGCUCGCUACCAAGCAGGGCAAUGUCGACCCCGAGGCCGAAGCAGCCGCCUAUGCGAAGCAGCAGAGAGACAACAAGCGGCGGACGGUCCAGGUGGAAUACGUACCGCCAACUACGGCAACGCAGCGAGGCGAACCAGGCUACUCUUCCAGUGGGAAGACGCGCGCACGUUCCGGCAGCCAGGGGCCCGUCGAGGUCACGUCGCCGACGUCUCCCAACGACAAGCCCUUGCCGCGAGACCCUCCUGUCUCCAAGGACGCCUAUGCCAAGUCGUCGCGAGACGGCAGGCGGCCUCCGAGUGCUCACCGGAACCAGAACAUUCCUCCGACACGGCCUGGCCGCGACGGUGCGCGCGCAGCAUCCGACUAUGCUUACAUGACUUCUGCUGGGGCAUCCGGCGCGAGACCGAACACGGGUGGCUCGAUGGGUUCGACUGGGUCCAGGGGAUUGAGUGCAGGAGGCCGAGCGUCGUACGGCCAGCCGAUUCCUCCUACCGUAGCGGGAACUAACGUCCAUGGCAGAAUCCAACAGCCCAAGGGAUCUAAGAACUACGUGAUUUCUGGUCCCAUGCCCCAGGAUCAACAGAGCAUGGACUAUGGACGACCCAGCAUCAGCGUGCCGCCCAAAUUCGGACAGAUCGCUGGCUUCCCGGCAGAAGGCGAAGGAAGCGGAGAGAACAAAGGCCACCGGCGCUCGAACACAAUUGGCGAGAUCGGCGGGAAGCUGUUUGGACGGAGCGGCUCGAUCUUUGGGGGCAAGAACCGCAAGAGAACGGAGCAGCAGGCGGCAGCUGAGAAGUCGAGGAAGUACCCGCCCGUCAGCAUGUCGGCGACGAUGCCUGGACUGGACAAUGAGCCUCGUCCGUCGAUGGAAUCGAAGCGGUCCAGGCGAUCUUUCUCCAUGGGACUCGGCAAGAAGCGGUCUGGUAGUAUCUCCGGUUCGCAGACGUCGCAGGAGAAGCACACGAGGCGCUUUUCGCUGCUUCCCGGCACUUUCUCGCUCAAGGCCAUCGGAAUCGGCAAGGACUAUCCAUCAGCACCUGAAUCCCAAGCGGAUCUCCCUAUCCAGGAGCCUCCUCGAACGGGCCAGUCUGGUCGCUAUGUCGAUCAGACUAUCGGCGGUGGUGAGAUGGAUGCUGUGGCUCUGGACGGCAUGUUCGCGCAGCUCCAGGAUCCUCAGCAGGCUGCCGUUGCCGCUGGUCAAUCUAGCCCUCACCAGCAGCGGUUCGCGCCUGGACAGUACGAGCGCCAGCAGAGACCCUCGGGCGUUCCGAACUACAUGCAGCAGGGUGCAGUGCUCAACACUGGGUCGGACUCGUCCAUUGACAACAUGCAGCAGCAGCAGCAGCGGCCGCCGAGGUCAGCGCCAUACUCGACUGCUCCUGGAGGAUACGACAACCCGAUGCAGGCGCAGCCGCAAGACAGCAGCGGCAGGAUCUCGACCAGCAGAACCGGACAGCACCGUGGCGUCCUCCAGAAGAAUAACAAGCACUUCAGGGAUGCGUACGACACGGAUGACUACUCGCGCCAGCACGAUCACAGCGGGAGCAGUGGUGCCGCGCGGAGAGUGAUGGACUUCUUCCGUAGGAGAGGCAAGGCGAGAGGCGGAGAGGAUAGAUGA